AUGGGCCUCGACUUUAAGGACCUCGUUGUUGUCAUCACCGGCGGCGGUGGUGCUCUGGGCCGCUCCUACGCCCUCAUGUACGGCCGCGGCGGCGGCAAGGUCGUCAUCAACGACGUGUCGAAGGAGGCCGCCGAGAAGGUCGCGGCCGAGGUCCGCCAGGUUGGUGGCCAGGCCGCUGUCGCCGUCGGCUCGGUUAUGGACGGCCAGGCCAUCAUUGACGUCGCUGUCAAGGCCUUCGGCACCGUUCACGUUCUGAUCAACAACGCCGGUAUUCUGCGUGACAAGUCGUUCCGCAACAUGACCCAGAAGGAGUUUGACGAGGUCUACGACAUUCACAUCCGUGGUGCCUUCUACAUGACCAAGGCUGUUUGGCCCAUCUUCCGUGCGCAGAAGUUCGGCCGCAUCGUCAACACCUCGUCCCCCGCCGGCAUCUACGGCAACGGUGGCCAGACCAACUACUCUGGCGCCAAAAUGGGUCUCGUCACCUUUGCGCAGGUUUGGAACGCCGAGGGUGUCAAGUACAACAUCAAGGCCAACACCAUCGCGCCGCUCGCCGCUUCCAACAUGACCGCCACCGUCAUGACCCCCGAGGUCCUCUCGCACCUCAGCCCCGAGCACAUCGCUCCUCUUGUCGGUGUGCUUACCGCGCGCAACGGCCCCGACGUCGGCGGCCGCCUCUUCGAGGUUGGCGCCGGCUUCUACGGUGAGGUUAAGUGGCAGCAGAGCGAGGGCCACGUCUUCAAGGCCGACGACUCGUUCACCCCCAACGCUGUCGACCUCGCCUGGCCCAAGGUCAAGGACUUCUCCAAGGGCGCCACCUUCCCCAACAAGAGCGACGGCCCCAAGAUGAUGGAGAUCGUCAAGCUCCAGCCCACUCUCAAGCCCAACCCCCAGGGCCCCGCCGCUCCUACCAGCUUCAAGGGCUACACCGUCCUCAUCACUGGUGCCGGCGCCGGUCUCGGUGCCGCCUACGCCCGCUACUUCGCCAAGUACGGCGCCAACGUUGUUGUCAACGACAUCAACGCUGAGGCUGCUAACAAGGUCGUCGAGGAGGUCAACCGCCUCGGCGGUGUUGGUCUCGCUGCCGUUGGCUCGGUUGAGGAACCUGAGCCGAUCGUCAAGGCGUGUGUCGACAAGUUCGGCACCGUUCACGCGCUCAUCAACAACGCCGGUAUCCUCCGCGACAAGGCCUUCAUCAACACCACCCCCGAGCUCUUCGACUCGGUCCUCAACAUCCACGUCCGCGGCUCGUGGAAGAUGGCCAAGGCCGUCUGGCCCUACAUGUACAAGCAGCAGUUCGGGCGUAUCCUCAACACCUCGUCGCCCAACGGUGUCACCGGUGUCCACGGCCAGGCCAACUACGGCACGGCCAAGGCCGCCAUCAUCGGCUUCACCCGCGCGCUCGCCGUCGAGGGCAACAAGAACAACAUUUACGUCAACGCCAUGUGCCCUUCAGCCGGCACUGCCAUGACCGCGACCAUCUGGACACAGGAGCUGCUCGACACCUUCAAGCCCGACUUUGUCGCGCCCAUCUCGGCAUACCUCGCCUCGCCUCUGUGCCACGACAACGGCCUCAUCAUCAAGGCCUUCGGCGGCCUCGCGUCCCAGUACCGCUGGAUGCGCACUGGCGGGUACGUGUUCCCCAACGACCGCCCGGCCACGCCCGACCAGCUCGCGUCCAAGUGGGACCAGGUUGUCAAGGUCGACGGCCGCGCCAUCUUCCCCGCGAACGCGGCUGAGGCGCGCGCGCCCAUCACCGCAAACUUCUCGUACCAGAAGGGCGCCCGUCUCUAA